GAAGUUGUACGCAUAAAGAUGGCUACUAAUGACAACACGCCAGUUUGUCCAGACUGGGUCUUCUUGAAUAACUCCAAUGUCCACGUGGCGAAAGAUCGAGGCUGGUUCAAGACUUACACUCCUUUUACUUCUCAGAUCCAAUCGUCUCUGUUCUGUUCGCCUAGAUAUCUGCCUGUGUUAGGAGUUGGUACUGUGGAGAUUCCAACCAAACAAAGCUCAAGGAAGUCUGGUGUAGCUAAUCACGGUCAUCUGCAUUUGAAGCAGGUCUUACAUGUGCCCGAUUUCAUCUGCAACGUCAUUGGAAGAUCACUUAUGACCUCGGAUGGCUAUGAUGUACAAAUGCGAACCAGCAAAAGGUCAAAGGGAGUGAUCAAAGACAGCCAGGGCAAGAGCAUGGCGUUACUCAACCAUAAUGUAUCGCUCUACACUAUCACAGUCAGAAACCGGCCUGAAGGACCGAAACUGGGUCCGCAUGUAUUUUGGAAAAACGGAAUGUACAUGAUCAGCUGUUAUUGGGUACACACUGAAGAGAAAAGAUGUUAUUGGGAACCCAGUGAAGAGCAAAAAUGGCUGGACUAUCAAGCCGGGUAUCAUAUCAACGACUUGGAGUCAGAAUCAGAGUCAGAACCGAUAGGCUCUAGUGGCGCAAGUUCGCUGUCUGCAGGCUCCAAUCCGCCGUACACAAAGGGCGAGAAAAGGUACCUCAAGCGUAUCUGGGGCUGUGAGUCCGAAUUCCUCACCGAAAAUCAUCUCGAUUUCUGGGAAGAAAGUCACCGCCAAGAGGGCAGAUUGAUACUGCGGGAAUCCAUACGUGAACCAGUUCUCAACGGAGAAAUGCCGAGUGACGAAGAAUCCGACGACGACGAAGAAGCAUCAGAGGAAGAAGAAUCAGACCUGGAUUUUGAACAGGAGGAUCCUUCAGUGUUCACUAGUGAAGAGCUUAAAUGGAUCUGCGCCAACUACAAGGACAGUGACGCGUUCAUGUGUUCGUAUGGGCUGGAUAGCGAUGACUAUUGGGAUCGCAUGGAUGCAAAAAUAAUAGUAAAUGAACUCGUAAGCCGAGAGAAGCGGUUAAAGUGCCAUGGAACGUGUAGAUGUCGGUAUGGAGGCUUCGCUUAGCAAAACACCCAAAUGAACUUGGUCGCAUGUCUACCAGCCAAAGCGCCUCUUUCUAUUAGCUUAACGCUUCUUUUAUGCUCGUUCAAGUCAUGUAACCUAUCAUUUACCCCAAAUUUUCUUCUGGUGAACCUAUCAACAAUAACAUAGUUCGUUGACACAUAUCCUCUAGCUUAAUAUCACAGCAAUAACUUGU